GAGACAAUUGAAUAACCCGGAUGGAGGUGCGGCCAUUUUGUCCCAGUUCAGAAUGUGACCGCCUUUCCUAUCUUGACUUAGAAUAUGUAUAGUCAACAACAAACUGGACACAGUCUAUGUGCUAUCUUGCAGUCUCUGAUUAUCAACAGGAUCAGACCGAACCCAGAUCUAGCGGUUUACUGUAUGUCACAACAGAGAAAUCCCUAAAUCCCCGCCAUGACGUGGAGGGUUGCCAUCGUUACCUGUAUUGCCGGACUGAUCUCUUCAGCGGUAACAUCACCAAAGAAGGGCAUCGGCAUCAGCAUGAAGCACUACCACUGCAACGACACGCAGACACUGUCUGACAUCAGCUGGUGGUACAGCUGGACUACACAGCACGACAAGGUCCAGGUGAUGGGAUGCCCGGCCAGAGGGGAGUUUGUACCAAUGGUUUGGGGAGCAGGUAAUAUCGACCAUCUUAAUAUACCGAACUCCGCACACCACGUUCUCGGUUUCAACGAGCCCAACGAGAGACACCAAGGCCACUUGACGCCAAAAGAGGCUGCCUCCCACUGGCAUCAAGUGGAGGCUGCGGGUCUGGGCAAAUCAAUCAUCAGCCCCGCUCCAGCCCGAUGUAACAUUAACAACACCAACUGUCUAAUGGAGAACUUUCAAUGGCUCGACGAGUUUUUCAAAGAGUGCACUGGCUGUAAAGUCGACUACGUUGCCGUUCACAGCUACACCUGCGGCGUCGACAAUGACAUGCGGUUCCUGGAGACGGUAUACAACCGUUACAAGAAACAGGUCUGGUUGACGGAAUUUGCUUGCCCCCACACUACUUCUCUAACCCAUGUUGAGAAUUACAUGAAACUUAUUAUACCUAGAUUAGAACGCGCACCAUUUGUGGCUCGCUAUGCCUGGUUUGGGAACCGCAUUCUCACAGACGACUUGUUCAUCCGCAAAGUCAACGCAUUGCUCGAGGACGACUUGUCGAAACUGACGGCUCUGGGAAGGCUGUAUAAUUCCCUUCACUAAAAAUUUUAAAUGGUUGUGAUGUGCUGUUAUCUAGAUAUUUGAUUUGAAAUGAUUGAUUUUUUUCAAUAAAUCAGGAAAUGAUAA